CACGCCCCCUUUCGCGCCCAGAAGGGACUUCCGGGACAGACUCGCCGUGACGUCAGCAGGAGGGCAGAUUGGCCACGUGGAGGGCAAGGACCUGUAGGCAGCUACCAAGAUGGGUGAAAGGAAAGGCGUAAACAAGUACUACCCUCCGGAUUUCAACCCCGAGAAGCAUGGCUCGCUCAACAGAUACCACAACAGCCACCCCCUUCGGGAGCGGGCUCGGAAGCUGUCCCAGGGCAUCCUCAUCAUCAGGUUUGAGAUGCCCUAUAACAUCUGGUGCGAUGGCUGCAAGAACCACAUCGGCAUGGGUGUUCGUUACAAUGCAGAGAAGAAGAAGGUUGGCAAUUACUACACAACCCCAAUCUACAGGUUCAGGAUGAAAUGCCACCUCUGUGUCAACUACAUCGAGAUGCAGACGGACCCCGCCAACUGUGACUACGUGAUUGUGAGCGGCGCCCAGCGCAAGGAGGAGCGCUGGGACAUGGAGGACAACGAACAGGUGCUGACCACAGAGCACGAGAAGAAGCAGAAGCUGGAGAUGGACGCCAUGUUCCGCCUGGAGCACGGCGAGGCUGACCGGAGCACGCUCAAGAAGGCCCUUCCCACCCUGAGCCACAUCCAGGAGGCCCAGAGUGCCUGGAAGGACGACUUUGCCCUCAACAGCAUGCUUCGGAAAAGGUUCCGGGAGAAGAAGAAAGCCAUGCAGGAGGAGGAGGAGAGGGACGAGGCACUGCAGGCCAAGGCCAGCCUGGCCAUCCCGCUGGUGCCGGAGACAGAGGAUGACCGCAGACUGGCCGCCCUGCUGAAGUUCCACACCCUGGACUCGUACGAGGACAAGCAGAAGCUCAAGCGGACAGAGAUCAUCAGCCGCUCCUGGUUCCCCCCCACCCCGGGAGCCAGUGCCAGCAGCAGCAGCAGCAAAGCUAGCAGUGUCCUGAAGAAACUGGCCCAGAACCGCAGAGCCACUCCCACCAGCUCCCCCGUCACCAUGGGGCACCUGGGCAUCGUGCGGCGGCGGUCCCGGGAGGUCCCAGAGAGCCCUCAGCACCCGGCUGAAACCUUCAAGUCUGGGGAGCCACAGAUGCCAGAGGGGGCCAACCAGAACAGGCCUGCAUCCCCCCGAGACCGCUCUCUGGAGACAGCUGAGACCCCCAAGAACAGCAGGCCACUGAGGCAGGAGGAGAGCUGUCAGGACAGACCCCAGCCCCCGCCAGACACCUCCCCUGAGGCAGCCAACCCCCAGGACACACCACAGCCCUGCAGCCUCAGCUCCUCCCUCGUGGCUGACUACUCCGGUUCCGAGAGUGAGUGAUGCCACAGUCCAUAUUCACUCCAGAGGCCAAGACUCACCCAGGAGGCCCCACCCAGGCUGCAGCCCCACUGGCCCACCAGCUCUUGGAGAGCUCAGUCCCCACCCCUGUGCACAGCUCACUUUCUCAUGGUGAUGGAGUUAUUUAUUUGGUCCUGGAGAGGGUGUCUGUGCCUUGUGGGACCCCAGACCUCCCAACAUUAAAGCCUGCUUCU